CCUUCCUUUCCUUGGAGGCGACUGCCCUUCCGUCCAUUCCUUUCCCUCUCUCCUCGAUAGCAAUAGCACUCUUGUUGUUAUCUCAAUUUGCUCGGAGCAAGUCAGGAAUCCGCCGAAGAAUUCACCUCUCACGCAUUCACGCAUGAAGAGGACGACGACGACGACGCAAGGAAACAAACGGCAACGCCUUGCAGAGAGGAGCAGAAGGAAGAGGAGGAAAGCAAGACGAAGGAGAAGAAAUGGAAGCCACGUGCUCCUCCUCUCCUAUCUCUUCCCUCGCCCUCCCCCGCCGCUUCCGCUCCUCCGCCUCCCACCGCCGCCUCUUCUCCGCAGGUCCCCCUCCCUCCGCCCGACUGACUACCUCCUCCUCCUUUUCCUCCUCCUCCCUGAUGAUGAAUAUGGAUCUGGAUUUCCACCGCCGCUUCGCCCCUCUCUUCUUGCCCUCCCACCGGCGCCGGCAGCCGCGGAAGCCCGUUUCGGCCUUGCUCGAGCGGUUCAACGAGCGGGCCGUUGCGGUCGUCGUUUUCUCCCAGCGCGAGGCGCGGGCUUUGGGCAGCGCGGUGGUCCACAACCCGCACCUCCUCCUUGGUCUCAUCGCCGAGGACGCCUCCGCUGAUGGGUUCCUCGAUUCCGGCGUCACCAUUGACCGCGCCAGGGACGCCGUCCUCGCCUGGUGGACCGAGUCUAGCGCCUCCAAGCCGGCUCCCCCGUCGGCGGCGGCCGACGUGCCCUUCUCGGCCGGCACGAAGCGCGUGCUUCAGACAGCUGCUGAGUACUGCAGCAGCAUCGGAUGCAAAUCUAUCGGCCCCGAGCUGAUUGCCAUCAGCUUGUUCAAGGUCGAUGAUGGCGGCGCUGCGAAGGUGCUCAAAAGUUUGGGAGCUGAUCUCAAUCAAUUAAUAAUGGUGGCAUUUUCAAGGCUCCAAGCAAAGCUUAAAAGUGAAAAUAUGCAAUCAUCAACAGCGUCUUACAAGAUAGAGCAGAAACCUCCUACUGGAAAACUUGCACGGUCUCUCGAGAAGACAAAAGAUAAAAGUAUGAUAACUCAAUUUUGUGUGGAUCUGACUUCUCGGGCUAAGGAAGGGCUUAUUGAUCCUGUAAUUGGCCGAGAUAGGGAAAUUCAAAGAAUUAUUCAGAUCAUAUGCCGAAGAACAAAGAACAACCCAAUUCUUUUGGGUGAUGCUGGUGUUGGUAAAACUGCAAUUGCUGAAGGAUUGGCUCUUCUCAUUGAAAGUGGGGAGGUUCCCUCGUUCCUUGCGGCCAAACGCAUAUUGUCACUGGAUGUAGGCUUAUUGAUUGCAGGUACCAAAGAGAGGGGAGAGUUGGAGGCUCGAGUUACUGGUUUGAUUCAUGAAGUGCGGAAAUCAGGAGAUAUCAUACUCUUCAUUGAUGAGGUUCAUACAUUAAUUGGCUCUGGUAUUGCUGGGAGAGGAAACAAAUCUUCUGGUCUAGACAUUGCUAAUUUACUAAAGCCUUCCCUUAGUAGAGGUGCAUUACAGUGCAUUGCAUCAACAACUUUGGAAGAACACAAGAUACAUUUUGAGAAGGAUAAAGCUUUUGCUCGCAGAUUUCAACCAGUGUUUAUAGCUGAACCUAGCCAGGAGGAUACUGUGAGGAUCUUACUGGGGCUACGCGAGAAAUAUGAAAUGUUUCACAAGUGUAGAUUCACCCUAGAAGCAAUAAAUGCUGCAGUAAAACUCUCAGCUAGAUAUAUCCCAGACAGACAUCUUCCUGAUAAAGCAAUUGAUCUGAUAGAUGAAGCUGGUAGUAGAGCUCGUAUGGAUGCAUUCAAAAGGAGAAAGGAGCAACAGAUUUCUGUGCUCUAUAAGUCACCGGAAGAAUAUUGGCAAGAUAUUAGAGCUGUCCAUGUGAAGCAUGAAGUGGAAUCAAAAAAUAAGAUGAAAUAUUCAUCAGAUGAUAGAAUUUCAGACAAUUUCAAAAUCGUCAAUGAUGAAAAGGUGUCAUCUACUGCAUUCUCAAUGAAUUAUGAACAAGUGAUUGUUGGAGCUGAGGAAAUAGCCAAAGUAGCUUCUCUCUGGUCAGGAAUCCCAGUUCAGAAGCUCAAUGAAGAUGACAGAAAGCUUCUAGUUGGCUUGGAAGAGGAACUCAAAAAACGAGUGAUUGGUCAGGAUGAUGCUGUUACUGCCAUUUCUCAAGCUGUGAAGCGAUCGCGAGUUGGCCUAAAUGAUCCUAACAGACCUAUAUCUGUCAUGCUUUUCUGUGGCCCAACCGGAGUUGGCAAAAGUGAGCUGGCUAAAGCUUUGACAGCAUGCUAUUUUGGAUCGGAGGAAUCAAUGCUACGAUUGGAUAUGAGCGAGUACAUGGAGCGGCAUACUGUGAGCAAGCUAAUAGGAUCUCCACCUGGGUACCUUGGCUAUGGCGAGGGUGGUACACUAACUGAUGCAGUCAGGAGCAACCCUUAUACUUUGAUAUUGCUUGAUGAAAUAGAGAAAGCGCAUUCUGAUAUAUUUAAUAUUCUUCUCCAAGUAUUUGAAGAUGGCCAGCUCACUGAUUCUCAGGGGCGAAAGGUUUCAUUCAAGAACACAUUGAUUGUGAUGACAUCUAAUAUUGGGUCUGAAGCCAUUUCCAAAGGGAAACGACGCAUAGGUUUCUUCACUGCAGAAGACAGACAGUCCAACUCCUAUGCUGCAAUGAAAGCAGUAGUGACACAAGAGUUGAAGGCAUAUUUCCUCCCUGAGCUACUUAACAGAAUUGAUGAGGUGGUUUUCUUCCGCUCCCUUCAGAAACCUCAGAUGCGGGAGAUCCUGAAUGUAAUGCUGGAACAAGUGAAGAAGAGACUUGCAUCCCUCAGACUUAGCCUGGAGGUAACUGAUGCUAUGAAGGACGUGAUCUGCCAGGAAGGAUUCGAUAGAAUCUAUGGUGCGAGGCCUUUGAGAAGAGCAGUCACUCAUCUCAUAGAGGAUGUCCUCAGCGAGACAAUCCUUGCUAGAAAUUACCAGCAUGGUGACACUCUUGUUAUCGACGUCGAUGCUACAGGGAACCCCUUUGUGACUCGGCAACCUGAUCAAACCAUCCACUUCUUAGACAACAAGUCAUCACCCCUAUAGCUAUUUGUAAAUGGAGUAAAAUUAUCCUUUCGUUGCACCAUUAGUAAUUCUUUUUGUCUGUGUGAAUUCUAUCAUUUGUAGUAAACUCAUGGGUUAAUGGAAAAGUGGGGAAUGCACUUUGAUGA